AUGUUCCAAACAACUACUCUUGGCUUGGCAGUGAAACCCAGAGAGGGAGAGAGAGAGAGAGAGAAGAUGGCAAAGAUUGGUGCAUUAAUCAGAGGCGUGAAAUCUGAAAAUCACACAAAGAAAGGUACUCUUCUUCUCUUUCCUACUCGGAGCUUUCGUUUGGUUCAUACUCACUCAAAAUCUAGAAACCCUAAUUCUCCUCCUCCUGAAACAACCCAAGAAAAUCACCAAAUGGUGCCAAGAAAACACCAAAAUUUGGGGCCCAGUGAUGUUCAAGACGCUGAGAAGUUUCUCAAUCGGAUGACCCAAAUGCGACCAUUUCCACCCAUUUUCCAAAUCAAUAAAGCCUUAGGGAGCAUUGCGAAAUUGGGUAAUUACAUCACGGCUCUUUCUCAUUUCGACAAGUUGCAGUUUCUGGGCAUUGAGGUAGAUCUGUACACCCUGAACAUUGCAACUAACUGCUACUGCCACCUCAAUCGAUCUGAUUUUGGUUUCUCACUUUUAGGGGGUCUUUUCAAACGCGGUUGUACACCUAGUGUUGUUACCUUCUGCACUCUCAUAAAUGGACUUAUUAUCGAAGAUAGAACUGCUGAAGCCGUCGAGUUAUUUAAGAAAUUAGUGAGGAAUAGAGACAUUGAGCCGGACGUGGCUAUGUAUGGAACGAUUAUCAAUGGGAUUUGCAAAACAGGCAACACUAUCACGGCUAUUAGGUUGCUCAGGAUAAUGGAAAAGGAAAGUUGUAAACCUAACACUGUAGUGUUUUCCAUGAUCAUUGACAGUCUUUGCAAGGAUAGGAUGGUCGACGAUGCUGUGAGGCUCCUUUUAGAAAUGAAUGAAAAAGGUAUUCUUAUAAACGUCGUUACUUAUACCUCUGUGAUUCAUGGCCUUUUUAGUUUUGGCAAGUCGAAGGAGGCUACAAGAAUGUUCAGAGAGAUGCUAAAUACUGGCAUUUAUCCAAAUGUUUAUACAUUCAAUGUGUUGGUGGAUACACUUUCCAAGGAAGGGAAGGCAAAGGAAGCAGAGGAGGUACUUGAAGUGAUGAUAGAAAGAGGGGUGGGUCCUGAUGUAGUCACAUACAGUAGUUUAAUGGAUGGAUAUUGUUUGCAAGGCCAAAUGGAUGAAGCAGUGAGAGUGUUCAAUAAAAUGGCGGACAAGGGCAUUCAGCCUAACAUUUUUUGCUAUAGUAUAUUGAUCAACGGAUAUUGCAAGAAGAGGAAAAUAGACGAGGCUAUGCAGCUCUUUAGAGAAAUGCCUCAGAGGGGGUUGAAACCUAAUGUUCAAACUUUUAGCACUAUGUUACAGGGUUUGUUUCGAAUUGGUAGAUGUGCACAAGCUCACUGUCUUUUUAAUGAGAUGCAAGCUGCAGGCAUAAUUCCAGAUACGCUAACCUUUGGUAUCUUGCUGGAUGGCCUUUGCAAAAAUGGUAAUAUUGCUCUGGCAUUGUCCUUAUUUAAAACAAUGGAAAGGAACGGGUUUGAUAUUGAUGUUGUUAAGUACAGUAUCCUCAUUGAUGCAUUUUGCAAGGCUAAAAAGAUGGACCAUGCAAGGGAUCUUUUCAAGAAACUUUCUUCCAAGGGAUUACAUCCUAAUGUCAAGACAUACACCAUCAUGAUAGGAGGUUUUUGUGCACAAGGACAGUUGGAUGAAGCUAAAGAAUUUUUCGUGGAAAUGGAACAAAAUGGUUGCUUUCCAAAUGGUGGCACUUACAAUGUUUUCAUCCGAGGAUUUCUUGCAAGGCAGAAGUACUCUGAGGCCUUGGUACUCCACGAGGAAAUGGUUGCGAAGGGGUUUUCAGCAGAUGUAUCUACAGUUUCCUGGAUUGUGAAUCUAAUGUCAACUAUUGGACAAGAUCCUUCUCUCCAAGAAGUAAUAAAGCGGUUCAUGCCAAAUGCUUGAUAGGGAAUGCAGAGAUGGAAUUAGUCAUUCGGCUUUGAAGGCAACAAAAUUUUAUUAAAACUCAACAAUUGGUAGAUCGAGGAUAAGACCAAAUUACAGGCCACAAGGAAGAGGCACAGUAAAAGGUCAAAAGGAGAGAAAAGAAAAAGAAAAGAAAAAAAACAUCCAAUGAAAGAUUGAAUGAGCCUAAAGCCACGAGAAAAGAAACACCGAAUCCAGGUGAAGCAAAGAGUGGGAAUCCCAGCACAGAAUCCAGCAGAAUAGAUCAGGGAAUCACAGCAACAAAAUCUAGCAGAACAUCAGGGGAUUAUAAUAGCAAAAUCCAGCGUUGCAUUGAACGAGUAAUCUCAGAAAUCCUCCAUAAGCAGCAGAACAUUAAAGGGAGCCUCCAAAAUUCAUAACCUUAGGCACAGACUAGCAGCAUCAACAGAGUUGGUGCAGUAAAUCAAUCAUAGUUGGAGUUGGAGCACCAUAUGAUGAAAGUUUGUAAACAUCAAUUAUCCUCUCUUCUCUCUCCCUUUGCUCUCCUCAGACUUGCAAUGCAAACUUGAUUUUUCAGACUCUUCUUUGGCUAAAACUUCGAAUUGGACCAUUGCUUGAAACUUUUUUGACCCCUAUGGCCUAUUGUUGAAGUGUUGAAAGGUUUAUAUGAAUUUCGUCUCAAUUCUCUUGAUCAUUGUAUAUUUAUGGACACAUUAAUCUUUGAAUUUGAUGACUUUGCAGACACUAUUGUUCUAGUUUCCAAAUGUGUUGGACUGUCUUUUUCAGACUUGUUGCUACCUUUUUAGAAAAUUUCUGGUCCGAGUAGACUACUGUAUAUAUUAUUGUGGACUUUUUUCUAUGGCACUUUGCUCUAUUGUAAUUCACAUGUUGCACAUACUAGCAUAAUUUUUUGAUGUUCUGUCUUCUGGUAUGGCCAUUUCACUGUGAUUGUGGUAUAAAUGUCAAUGUAUGAUUGCUUUCUUUAUGCACUUCGAGAAUAUCAUAUUCAAUUAUUGCCCGAGUACUCCCCUGGUUUUUUUGUUGCUUUCUGAUAUUUUCCAUUUGUAGAGUAAGGUGCAGGACAUUUUGUUGAAGGGCCCAGAUACUUACCAUUGUGGAUCCUGAUGUAGUCACAUAAAAUUCUCUGAUGGAUGGAUAUUGCUAGCAAGGCUAAAUGGAUGAAGCAAUGAAACUGUUCAACACCAUGUUGGACUGGGCCCUCAUCCUGAUCUGUAUAUGUUAGUUAGUUGGACUUUUCCGGCUCAAAACAUACUAUUGGUGUCUGUAUCUAUCUUCGUUUCAUUUGGGUUUGGCGGGAGGUCGUUUUAAUCUUUAGAUGCUCUGCCCACUGAUUGAAGAUUCCUUAUUGUUUGUGAUGCUAUGCAAUUUAUUCGUUGGAGAAAAGGGUAUAAUCAUCUCUUGAGCAUUUUUGCA